AUGCCAGCCUUCCUCACCCCUUCAGAAUAUCUGGUGGCUUUAUCGGGGGGGACGGGGCGGUUGACUCACUGGCGCUUGUCUCUUUUGCAGUUGGUGUAUCCCUAUGACUUCAGACUAACAGAGAAGGAGAAAACCAAUAUCUGCUACUUGUCCUUCCCAGACUCCUACUCAGGUGGCCUGGGGGAUACCCAGUUUAGCUUCCGCCUUCGUCAGUCUGGGGGGCAGAGGACCGCGCAUUACGAGGACGAUGGCGAGUACAACAGAGAAGCACCCCUGACGCUGCAGCGGGAGUCAGCUCAUUACUUCGGUUACGUGUACUUCAGGCAAGUCAAGGACAGCUCCAUGAAGAGGGGUUAUUUUCAGAAGUCUUUGGUGCUGGUGUCACGCCUUCCGUAUGUGAACCUGUUCCAGUCAUUGCUGCAGCUGAUUGCUCCGGAAUACUUUGACAAGCUGGAGCCGUGCCUGGAGGCAGUGUGCAAUGAGAUUGAUCAGUGGCCGCCUCCUGUGCCGGGACAGACCCUGAACCUUCCCGUGAUGGGAGUCGUCAUUCAGGUGAGGAUCCCAUCGAGGGUGGAUAAGCCAGGAUCAAGCCCAGUGAAGCAGUUCAACCAAGAGAAUCUGUUACCAGCUCCACUGGUUCUCCCCAGUAUUCAUGAACUGGAUCUUUUCAGAUGUUUCCAGCCAGUGCUAAUUCAUAUCCAGAUGUUAUGGGAGCUGAUGUUACUGGGAGAGCCAGUUGUUGUGAUGGCACCAUCCCCUACAGUUUCUUCAGAAAUGGUUCUGGCACUUACCAGCUGCCUUGCUCCUCUGAGGUACUGUUGUGACUACCGCCCCUAUUUUACCAUCCACGACAGCGAAUUUAAAGAGUAUACCACCAGGACACAAGCUCCGCCGAACAUUGUUGUGGGAGUCACAAACCCUUUCUUUAUCAAAACUCUCCAGCACUGGCCGCACAUUCUUCGGGUCGGGGAGCUCAGAAUGUCAGGAGACCUGCCCAAGCAAGUCAAGGUGAAAAAGCUAGCUAAACUAAAAACCCUAGACACGAAGCCAGGAAUCUAUACUUCUUAUAAAACAUUUCUUCACAAAGACAAAACCCUGAUAAAAAGAUUACUAAAGGGGAUUCAGCGGAAACGCCCGUCUGAAGUCCAGAGUGCCCUUCUGAGGCGUCACCUCCUGGAGCUCACCCAGAGUUUCAUUAUUCCCCUGGAGCAUUAUAUUGCAAGUCUGAUGCCCCUGCAGCGGGCCAUUACUCCAUGGAAGAAUCCUCCGCAGAUUCGUCCUUUCCGCCAGGAAGAUUUCAUGAAGACCCUCGAGCAUGCUGGUCCCCAGCUCACCUGUGUUCUUAAGGGUGACUGGUUAGGCCUCUACAGGCGUUUCUUCAAGUCUCCCAACUUCGAUGGCUGGUACCGUCAGAGGCACAAGGAAAUGACCCAGAAGCUGGAGGCCCUUCACUUGGAAGCCAUCUGUGAAGCGAACAUUGUGGCCUGGAUGAAGGACAAGUCCGAGGUAGAGAUUGUAGACCUGGUGCUAAAACUUCGUGAGAAGCUGGUAAGAGCCAGGUGCCAGCACCUCCCUGUGAAGGAGGAAACUCUGCAGCGGGUGGGCCUCUACAUCGAGACCAUCAUCGGCUCCUUGCCGGAGGAUCUCCAGGCGGUGCUGCACCACCACUGAGCACGGUGAAGGGGCUCUGUCGGAGAAGAGAGGGCCCUCCCACCCUGCGCCGAGCUGUGGGCAGCUGCAGCUGCCUUUGGAAACGAAACUUCUUCCCCGAUCCAGCCAGCGUGACCUGGGCCUUGCUCACAACUGAGUACGACCCUGACCCCGCCAGCGGGUGGUCAGAACUGUAGCAGACGUGGGGAACCCUGCGCACUCUUCUCUCUCCAGCCCUGCUUUGAGGAGCUGGAUUUUAGGGGGCUGUAAAUGAGAAACUGUCCCCUGCGUGGCUGUGAGUGGGGCAGAAGGUGACAGCCAGGCUUCCAGCAGCACGCGACAGGCUGUGCGAGACACGCGUUGCCCGUAUGUACGCAUCCGUCCUUCUCUAGCGCUUGGGCUCUCGAUGUCAAUGCCUUCGUCCUGCCUGGAAGAAGCAGGACCAGCCCUGUAGUGGGGAGCUGUUUUCAGGAGGGCUCCUGAUGAUAAGGAGAGAGGUGCUGGUCCCCCACAUACGAAUGAUGUGAAAAAAUUGUCGCUGCCCAUUCAGCGGCCUGGCUCAUGCGGCAAGAGCUUCAGCUGUGAUGGAAGUGGGAGGAUGAGCUGCUGGACGUGGAAUGCUGCUGGUUUUUCCCCAAGGCAGGGACAGAGAAGAAGGAGCUGGUGCAUCUGCAAGGAACAGAGCCCUCCAGAGAUCACGGCUGGUGCUGUGUGAAUGGGAACCGCUGCUGGAGCUCAACAGAGAAGAGCUGGCCUCCAAAUGUUAUUUAUUCUGCUUGAAAACUCAAGUUUGUGCGCUCUAACAACGUACAAGACAUCUGGAGCUCUGCUGUGGGCCAUGAGAGUCCUAGCGUCAGCCCACUUCCCGACAAAACAUGUUGGAGGAUCUGAUUUUUGCAGCCUGUGUCGGCCUUGCCAAGGUGGGAGCUCACAGAGCGGCCCUCGCGCGAGGUGCAUGCUCGCCCCGUGCCGGGGUCACUGGGGAGCAACCUCUCCAGCUCUCGCCACAGCUUGUUCUUAACCGUAACCCAGCUUCCAGCUCGGUCCCGCUGCUCCCGUUCACCUCUUGGGAAAGAGAGAGACGUGUCUGUGCUUCUGGGCUGAACGUGGGAAGGGCUCGAGGCUCCGCUGCCGGCUUUGGCGGCCGUUGCCCUCUGCCUGAGAGCGCAGCCUUCCUGCCCGCUGCCUGGGAGAUGGAUUUCCCGUAACCCCAGGGUUGAUUGCUGCUGCUGUAACCGCAUUUCACCAUCUGCCAGUCUGGCCAGGGCCUGAACAUUUGCCUUAAGAACGGGUUUUAGGAUGGCUCCGGCAGCCUGAUGCACUCCUGUUCUGGAAGAAGCCCCGGAGGUACCUUUGCACGUGGCAGGAGAGUCUGGCAUUUCCGCCGAGCCCUGCGCAAGGCUGUC